UUAGUGUAAUGAUUGCUCUUUGAGCAGUCCAAACAACCGGAGUAGCGCAAUCCGAUUCCGGAAAAACAAACGCGCCAUCGCGGCUUCUGAAACUGUUCACCGGGUUUUGCGAAAUAGCGAAUCAGAGGAGAAGUUCUUUUCCAAAAAAAAAAUGGAUUUGUGGACAAUCUUGGUAACUUUAUUAGUGGGUGUCGUUUGCAUCUACUUGUUCAAGAACGUAACCUGGAAUCAUGUUCACUUGAAGAAACUGGGCGUUCCGCACGUCAAGCCGCUUCCACUUUUCGGGAACAUGGCGGGUGUGGUGUUCCGAAAAAAACUGUUAACGGAUAUGAUGAACGAGGUGUACUCCGCGAAUCCCGAAGCUAAGUAUCUUGGCCUCUACGACUUCGGAAGCCCGAUAAUUUUGAUCAAGGAUCCCGAGCUGGUGAAAUCCAUAGCUAUCAAAAAUUUCGACAGUUUUCCGGACCACAAGUUCUUCUCCGAUCUGACCGGUGAAACUCUGUUCGAAAAAUCAUUGUUCUCGCUCAAAGGUGACACUUGGCGGAGAAUGAGGGCCCUAUUGAGCCCCUCUUUCACAUCCAGCAAGAUGAAGAUGAUGUUCAAAAUAACGUCGGAGUGCUCGGUGGACUUCGGGGAAUCUAUAGCGUCGCUCGAUCCGCUACCGGAGGCGAUGGACAUGAAGGACGUAUUCGGAAGGUACUCCAUCGACGUGAUAGCGACGACAGCCUUCGGCUUGUCCAUUAAUUCCAUUAAAAAUCCGGACAACGAAUUUUACCGAAUGGCGACACGGCUAGCGUUCAGCAAUACUCGAAUGUCCAAGUAUUUGCUGGUCAAAAGUUUCCCUUGGUUCGCUCGCUUGAUCAACCUGAAACUCCUGGACGUCGAGGCCACCGAGUACCUCGAAAACGUCGUGCGAGACGCGGUGGCGGCCAGAGACGAACGGGGAAUAGUCAGGCAGGACAUGUUGCAGUUGUUGAUACAAGCGAGAAACGAAGACAGUAAAAUUUCGUUGACCAACGACGACCUGAUCAUCCAGGGCUUCGCCUUUCUCGUCGGAGGAUCCGACAGCCCCACGAUGACCAUGUGCUUCACAGCCCAGUUACUGGCUCUGAAUCCCGACGUCCAACGGAAGCUUCAGGCGGAAAUUGAUGACGUCCGAGGUCGAAACGGUGGCGACGUUUCCUACGAGGAACUGAACGCGAUGAAGUACAUGGACGCCGUAGUGAGCGAGACGCUCAGACUGUAUCCACCUGCGGUCGCCAUGGAUAGGGUGUGCGUGAAGAGUUUCACUCUACCCCCGCCGCUGCCGGGCGCGGAACCGGUCGAGGUGAAGCCAGGAGAAACUCUUUGGAUACCGGUGCACAGCUUCCAUCGCGACCCCAAAUAUUUUCCGGAUCCGGACAAGUUCGACCCCGAAAGGUUCAACGAUGAGAACAAGUCCGGUAUAAAUCCCCUGACUUAUUUGCCCUUCGGAAUCGGACCGAGAAUGUGCAUCGCCAAUCGUUUCGCUCUAAUGGAAGUUAAACUGGUAUUGUUUCACUUGCUGGCCAGGUGCGAACUGUUGCCCUCUUCGAAAACAAGAUCGCCGAUAAAAUUGGGCGCGAGAGGCCUCAUUGUGAUGCCCGAAGAGGGUUUCUGGCUGAAAAUUAGAGUACGGUAGCGAUUCGAUGUAUGGCUUGGAUAAAUAAUGAUGCGUACAAAUGUAAUAUGUACACGUAGCUUUUGAUUUCACUUUUUUUUUUUUUUUAAUAAAUUAUCGAUCGGAAAUUUAUAACUUGACCGAACUAUUGCUUUUUAGCUAUCACGAAGUGGCUGUGAAAAUUGUAAGGCAGGUAACUGCUAGUCGUGUAAAAAAAUCAAAUAAUGGAAUAAAUAGUCAAAAAAAUCUCACCACAUUCCUUGAAA